CCAAACAGUUGGUUUCGAAUCGCACCAGAAUCCAGUACCAUGUAGUGCAUUAAGUUUGAAGUGGACAGUGUAUUCCUCAGUCUUGUUGAGUAAAUAUUUGAUAUAUUUGUUAUAUAACAGCAGCUCGGUUCACUAUCAGAUAAGAGAACAGUGAACUGACUGUCUGGACCUGGCUGACUAACAUGGAGCUUCUGGUUCUACAAGUUCCCCUCAUGAAGGUCCACAUGUCGCUCUGGAUGCUUCUCCUUUAUGCGGUUUUAUGGCAGAAAACCGCGUUAAUCGCGGCGUGUUCGGGUUCGGAUGAGCUGCUGCUGCUGUGCAGGUUCUGCGGCCAUGAAGUGGCUUUAGAAAAACACGUUCAUUUCAUGCCGAGUCCUCUCGCCCUGUCCCACCGAAACAACACCAUCAUCGGGGAGAGGAGAGUCGCCGUCCAGCUGCUCGAGAACCCGCAGGGAUUCCGCUUCGAGGUGCUUUCCUUUAAACAAGCUGAUGUGCUGAAGCACUGGCCGGCUGAUGACCACUUCACCUGGUUUCCAGGCUUCUCAUGGACUGUAGCGACGUGUCCGAGAUGCAAAACACACCUGGGAUGGGCAUUUCAACCGAGCGAGUGGCCAAAGACGGUCACGAGAGAAGAAUUCGAGGCCUCGGAUUGGACCUUCGUGACCCUGAUCGCCGACAGACUCCUACGGGAACACGUCGCUUCGACACUCUUGAUGACACCGAAGUCGUUUAAGAGUUGACGCUGAACUUCAGACUCUUCUCCCGCUUGCGUUUUCCUUUUUAAUAAAAGAUUCGUUUCGAUA